AUGAAAUCCUGCAAGAGCCUCAAGGAAGAAGUUUCUGUCCCUAGCCUUGGCGGGAUGUCACAGGAGGAAGGACGCAGGACGCCAGUGUCCCAGGCCUAUUUUCACUCCCCUAACCCAGAUCUGGACCUGACGGGCAAGCUUUAUAAGAGGGAGGUUGGUGGUAAGCCAUAUUCUGUGUUGGUGGACAAUAAAAUGGCAGCCAAGGCAUCCAUUGGAGAUCAGAACACUGGUCAGUUGCCCACUCAACAUGUGACUCUACAACAACAUCAGCAGUAUUUUAGAGAGGGAGGAGCAGGGCAGGAAGUGGGGACGCAGGGGUCCCAGGCUGGCAACGACGGCUCCUCUGACGACACAGAAGACGAUGAAGAAGACGACGAUGAUGAGGAAGAUGAGGAGGAUGAGGGCUUCAAGCGUGAGCAGAUCAUUGUCGAGGUUAAUCUGAACAACCAAACACUUCAUGUAUCCAAGGGGGACAACAAAACUGGGACCACAGCAGAUGACUCUGAGAGAGCUGGCAGUGAUGACGAGGAUGAGGAGGAAGAGGAGGACAGCCCUGAUGAUGACGAUGACGACGAUGAUGAUGAAGAGGAGGAAGACGACGACGAGGAAGAUGAGAUUGAGAGUCGAAGAACAAGGUCAAAAAGGGCCCGUCGUGAUGCAAGUGGUACAGCAGCUUCCAGUCAGCCUCGGAGGAAAAGCCUCAGAACCGUUCUGAGCACCGCUAGCGCAGGAAUGACCACCAGGGGGCGACGGAAGCGUAUGGAGCCUCCAAAAAGCAAGCGCAGGUCAGCCAGAUCAGCCCCAUUGUCUGCCGGUUCAACAACCACGACAGGGGGGAAAGCAGAAGUAGAGGAGAAGGAGAUGCUGGCGUGUGAAAAGUGCCCCCGAGUCUUUAACACACGCUGGUACCUGGAGAAGCACAUGAAUGUCACUCACAGGCGAAUGCAAAUUUGCGACAAGUGUGGCAAAAAGUUUGUCCUGGAGAGUGAGCUGGCCUUACACCAGCAGACUGACUGUGAGAAGAACAUCCAGUGUGUCUCCUGCAACAAGUCUUUUAAGAAGCUCUGGUCACUGCAUGAGCACAUUAAGAUUGUGCACGGCUAUGCAGAAAAGAAGUUCUCAUGCGAAAUUUGUGAGAAGAAGUUUUACACAAUGGCUCAUGUCCGUAAGCACAUGGUUGCUCACACUAAGGACAUGCCAUUUACCUGUGAGACAUGUGGAAAGUCGUUUAAACGCAGCAUGUCUUUAAAGGUCCACUCACUCCAGCAUUCUGGAGAAAAGCCCUUCCGCUGUGAGAACUGUGACGAGCGGUUCCAAUACAAGUACCAGCUGCGCUCCCACAUGAGCAUUCACAUCGGACACAAGCAGUUCAUGUGCCAGUGGUGUGGCAAAGACUUCAACAUGAAACAGUAUUUUGAUGAGCACAUGAAAACGCACACAGGAGAGAAGCCUUUCAUUUGUGAGAUCUGUGGGAAGAGCUUCACCAGCCGGCCCAACAUGAAGCGCCACCGCCGUACCCACACAGGGGAGAAGCCCUAUCCCUGCGAGGUGUGCGGCCAGCGCUUCCGCUUCUCCAACAUGCUCAAAGCACACAAAGAGAAGUGUUUCCGGGUCACCAGCCCCGUGGUCCUGCAGACCAGCGGACCACCUGUGCCUGUCCGCAUCUUUGCCAAUACCUUCUCCUCCUCCUCUUCCUCCAUUUCUGGUCCCAGUCCCUCAGCUGCCCCCCCGGCCACCACCUCAGCACCCCUGGGCCUCAACCCGACAGGGGGGCCCAUGCCUCCAAAAGGCCCUGUUGGACACACAUUCUCCCACGUACAGCUCCACUCAAACCCAUCUCACCAUCAUCCCCGCCCCCCUACAACCCAGCAACACCUCUCAAACACACCCCAACAUGGCCCACCUCACCCCCACCACCACCUGGCCGUGCCCCCAGUCUCCCACUUGCCCCUAACCCCGGCCCUUUUCAAGAGCGAGCCCUUAAACCACUGUGGGCACGAAGACAGCAGCUACCUGCACCACAUGGCUCCCCCUGACAAGGGCCCCGGAACCCCACAGCACCACUGAACUGUGCUCCAGCUCUGCAGGCCCACACCAAACCACGCCUUGUUCCCCCUCAUCUCAUAGUCCUGCUUUAAUCUCUGUUGCCAGGGCCCCUGAUGAAAGGAGGCUCCUCUCAACCAGAUUUAGAUACAAGCUAGAAGUCAAGCUACUCAUACGCACCUUUGUAUGUGUCCCAGACGUGAACCCCCUCAGUGCACACAUUAUUUAAGUAGAACCCUUACUUAAAAACCCUGGUCAAAAGACAAAGAUUUUUUUUUUUCUUGAACAUUUUCUUAGGAAAUCAACAAAACAAUUUCUGUGCAAGUUCUCUAUCUGGACGUUGAUGGGUGUAAAGUAUCUCAUUUUCAUCAAAGGCUGCUGAUGGUGGUCGACGUAUGUAUUACCUGGGCUUCAAGGAUCCGUGUCAUUGAACUUUUCUCUCUGUGUCAAGUUGACCUAUGGUUGCAAUUUGAUCAGGACUCUUUGCAGUUCCCCCCCGCAUAGCAAUACCUAACAUGUCCCCCCUAGUUGUACUGUAGAGCCUCAGAAAUAUUUGUUGAAUAUUGUAACUGGUUCUACCUGAGCCUUUUUCUCUGUGCUAAGGCUUUCUGUCAGAGGUGCAACAGCAGGAGUGCAAGAUGCAGUGCCAUAUGUUACAGUAAGAAGGGGGGGGGGGCCUUUGUAGGGGACAUUGAAAAACACAUUUUUUUGUAAAAGGUUAGUUGAAUCUAGACAUAGUCUGAGAUUAACAUCAUGGUUAAAUGGUGCUUUCCAUUCCAGUACAUAUAAUAAUUCUUAAGUUUGCUUUUCCACUUUUAUUUUCAGAAAUGUGAUAUUACAAAAUAAUGUAUUGUGUCAGCCUGGCUUUUCUACAAUGGAUUUGAGGUUUGACUAGAUAUUUUGUGAUCAAGAAACUCAAAUUAUGCAUAACAUGCACCCUCACACUUACUCAAGCACACACUCAAAACACAAAGACCGUACGGCCGCUGAUUUACUUAAUGUAAUCAGCGCAACCUCAGCUUUCAGUACUGUUGGUCAACAGAUGCUUUUAGAUAACAGAUGACUGUCAAAUACUGCCACUGUGAGGGGCCACACACAUGGCCCCAUCAGGAUUUAUCCCACUUCCGUUCGCUGCUGUCAAAAUGAUACGGGUUACCAUGUGAAAGGUCAUUUAACACA